ACUCGACGCGAUUGAAAUUCGAUGCGUCGAAAUUCUACACGCCGAUAUUCGAUACCUCGGAGUUCUACGCGCAAAUAUUGGACCAAGAGAUUUAUAAUCUACCAAGUGUACAAACUCUCCGCAUAAACAUAUCAAAUUUAUUAAUUCAACACCCAAAAAGUCACUACAUAAUCCAACCCAUAGAUUACAAUAAUAAAACUGAAAGUACCUCUACUCCUUCAUAUUAUCACACGAGCCCCGAGCGCAGGUAGUUAUCGAGCGCCUCCCACCGCAAACAUCGCAACCCGAUAAAAUUCUACACACACCAAAGUUCCUACUCCGUUAACACUAUCUCGACAGCAAUUUCCGUCGACGAUUCUCAGCUUCUCUAUCGUUUAUUCGCAAUUAUUAAUUCAACAGCCGUUAAUUCGUUCGGUCUGUUCGGUCUGUAAGGUCGUCUCCAGGAUCGAUCGUCCCUGAUAGAAGCAUGAAUCUUUAAGGCCACUCUCGUCGAUUUCCGUGCAUCGGAUGUGCGUUAAAAAUAGGAGAGUAAUGGUCCCGGUGUGACAAAGCUCGGUAAAGUUUAUAAAAGAUGUCCAGCUGCGGGUAGCCGGUGAAAGACAAACGUGACUUUUCGUUCCUGAAUUCUCCAACUUUCUCGCUUUCUAAAGAAUUGAAGACCUAGGAGAAAGUGUGCUCAGCGAGGCUUCAACUUUGUGAAGGUCACAGUUCGCUGUAGGAAACGAUCUUGAUCGCGUCGGUGCUCGUUCGGAAUAGUGGAGGACGUGGACAUUGGGAGUGUUCAGGAAUGAGAUUGCAUGUGUGUUGAACGAGUAGCAAGAAGUUAUAGAAUUCGAGGCUAAGGGAAGAAACGGCACCCCAAGAGAGCCCAGGAUGACGAUCAACGCGUCGUCCAUGGUGGUGGACUACCUGGUCUUCAUCGGCUGCAUCGUAGCGUCCUUCGUCGUACCACUGUGGAGCAAGUUCCGAGGUCGCCGGAAGGAGACCACCAAGGCUGACUAUGUGUUCGCGACGGGAAGCGUCUCCAUGGGCGCCAUGAUGCUGUCCAUCGCGAGAGGGACUCUGGGAGUUAGGUCCUUUCUGGGGUACCCUUCGGAACUGUACUAUAGAGGCAGCGCUAUGUGGGAGACCAUCUAUGGGAUGCUGCUUGCCUACCCCAUCGUUUGCUUCGUCUUUGUGCCUGUUUAUUACAGCCUGGGCAUCACGUCUGUUUAUCAGUACUUGGAUAUGAGGUUCAAGUCGAAGAUAGUGAGAUGCCUCGCCAGUUUCUCGUACGUGAUACGUAGCCUGCUGAACUUGGCCGUCACGAUAUUCACGCCUUGCGUCGCUCUGAAGACCGUGAUAGGUCUGCCAUAUUGGGCUAGCAUCAUCGGGAUCACCACGAUUUCGGUCAUCUUCACUCUGAUGGGAGGUCUGCAGGCAGCCAUCUUGUCAGACGUAAUACAAGGUGUAACAAUGAUCGGCGUCUCCCUGGUGAUAAUUCUUCGAGGUGCAAUUGAUAUCGGUCCGGUUCAAGUCUUCAACGUGACGUACGAACGUGGAAGAUUAGAUUUCUUUGACAUGGAAUUGGAUCCCACGGUUCGUGUCACCACGCUGUCGGCGACCUUGGGACAGCUGUUUAUGAGUUUGUCGAUCUUUGGGUGCCAGCAGAAUUUUGUGCAGAGGUACUGCAGCAUGACUAGUCAACGGAAGGUCGUUAAGACAAUGCUGGCCAACAUGCCGAUAAUCUUCGUGCUGUUCUCCCUCUCCUGGGUGGUCGGCAUGGUGAUAUUCGCCAACUACGCAGACUGCGACCCGCUAUCGCUCGGCUACAUCUCGAAAUUCGACGAGAUCGUGCCGUUCUACGUUCAAGACAAGUUCCUGAACUUCCCCGGUCUUCUAGGUCUAGUGAUGGCGACGCUGUUCAACAGCGCGUUGACAUUGGCGGUCUCGAACCUGAACUCGCUCGCCACGGUCACGUUCGAGGACUUCUUCAGCCAGAUCCCAUCGCUGAGCGAUCUGAAAGAUAGCCAGCAGUUACGGCUCAUCAAGCUGAUCAGCGUUAUCUACGGAGUGCUGAUAGUAGGCGUGAGUUUCCUGGUGGCGAUGUUGUCCGGAGUGAUCGAGUCCUCGAUGCUGAUGACGUCCGCCACUUCCGGCCCCCUGCUGGGCGUUUUCUUGUUGGCCAUGCUGGUGCCGUGCGCGAACUGGAAGGGCGCGGCGGCGGGGAUGAUCUUCAGCCACGUGACCACCUUGUGGAUCACUUUUGGACACCUGACGGUCAGCAACGACGUGGAGACCUUGCCUCUGUCUACGGAGAAGUGCGACAACGAGACGUUCUCCCCGUGGCUGGCCCAGCCCGUCAGUCCCAUGCUCUCCACAAACGUCACGAACCUUCUCCGAAGCAGUGACGUAGCUGAGGCCCCUAUGGGACCCCUCCAGUACAUAUACAGCAUAACGUACAUGUACUACGCUCUCAUCGGCAGUCUCUCGACGGUCAUCGUCGGCAUUAUCGUCAGCCUCAUCACCGCCGACCCGCAAAGAGACAUGUACGAGCAGCAUCUGCUGCACCCACUCGCGGUGAAGAUCUCGAGAUUCUUCCCAGGAAGACGAAGACUGUACGCCAGCAGCACUCGGUUGCAGAACGAACACAACGUAGCCAACGCCACUUCGUCCUCGUCGGUGACCUCCAUCGCCAACGGCACCGAGAAGUCCACACCUCUUCAGGGUGUCGUGGACGAUAACGGGAUGCUGCGUAUCAACGUCGACUACAUCGAGAAGCUCAAUGCCCUGAAGAGCAUGUCCCUGGACGUCACCAACGAGGUCAGCAAAGGCACCCGGCUGUGAAACCUUGAGAACGUUUCAAGUAUUCGAGUCUUUUUUUUUUCAUUUUUAUAGUGUAGACCGUCGAGUGAACUUUUCGACGGAGUCGAAUGAUGCUCUUGGUAGAAUUAGGUAGUAUUAUGUUAUACCGAUAUUAGCGUAGAUUUAGCGGAUAUGGUAGAUCGAAUCGGUCUGGAGGAUCGAUUAUAAAGUGGUACUUUGAUGGUCAGCGUCCAGCGGAGUAUUUAAAGUUACAGGGUAGACGCUAGUACAAAGAUAUGUAGACGGGGAAUGGCUGGAGGUGGUCACGUGGUAGUAAAUCUGGUUUCUUAUGUGGAUACUUGAUAUCUUGUAUCACCAUGUGUUUAAUAAUGGACUUAUAAGGUUUACUAAUGGAGUGACGACAUAUUUUUAUGUCUUUGUGUAUGACAUGAGUGGAUCAAGGUGCCAUGCUGUAUAUAUAUUUUGCAAAAUAUUCCUAAAUUCCCUACAUCUUCAAGUCUGCAAUCGAAAUUCCUAGAUGGACAAAUAGGUCCUCAAGUUUCUGGAACGUCAAGUGUCAAGACUUGAAAGUCCCUAGAUUCUCAAAUUCUCAGACUCUGAAAUUCUUAGAUGAACAAACUUUUAGAUCCAUAAAUUCCUAGAAUCUCACAUCUCAGGACUUAAAAAAUCCCUAGAUCCUCAAAUCCUUAGAGUCCAAAAUUCCUAAAUGACCAAACCUUCAGAACCCCAAGUCCCUAGAAUCCCAUAUCUCAAAAUUUGAAAAAUCUCUGGAUCCUGAAAUCCUAAGAUCCUGAAAUCCCUAGAAUCCCAAAUCUCAGGACUUAGGAAUCCCUAGAAUCCCAAAUAUCAAGGUUUAAAAAAUCCCUAGAUCCUCAAAUCCUUAGAGUCCAAAAUCCCUAAAUGACCAAACCUUCAGAACCCCAAGUCCCUGGAAUCCCACAUCUCAAAACUUAAAAAAUCCCUAGAAUCCCAAAUCUCAAGGUUUAAAAAAUCCCUGGAUCCUGAAAUCUUCAGACCCCAAAAUCCCCAAAUGACCAAACCUUCAGAUCCCCAAAUCCCUAGAAUUCCAUAUCUCAAAACUUUAAAAAUCCCUAUAAUCCCAAAUCUCAGGACUUAGAAAUCUCUAGAAUCCCAAAUCUCAGGGCUUAAAAAAUCCCUAGAUCCUGAAAUCUUCAGACCCCAAAAUCUCCAAAUGAUCAAACCUUCAGAUCCCCAAAUCCCUAGAAUCCCAUAUCUCAAAACUUUAAAAAUCCCUAUAAUCCCAAAUCUCAGGACUUAGAAAUCUCUAGAAUCCCAAAUCUCAGGGCUUAAAAAAUCCCUAGAUCCUGAAAUCUUCAGACCCCAAAAUCUCCAAAUGAUCAAACCUUCAGAUCCCCAAAUCCCUAGAAUCCCAUAUCUCAAAACUUUAAAAAUCCCUAUAAUCCCAAAUCUCAGGACUUAGAAAUCUCUAGAAUCCCAAAUCUCAGGGCUUAAAAAAUCCCUAGAUCCUGAAAUCUUCAGACCCCAAAAUCUCCAAAUGAUCAAACCUUCAGAUCCCCAAAUCCCUAGAAUCCCAUAUCUCAAAACUUUAAAAAUCCCUAUAAUCCCAAAUCUCAGGACUUAGAAAUCUCUAGAAUCCCAAAUCUCAGGGCUUAAAAAAUCCCUAGAUCCUGAAAUCUUCAGACCCCAAAAUCUCCAAAUGAUCAAA